UUGGGCAUCAAGAUGGCUUUGAUGGUUAGAGUUGGCCUAAGUGCCGCCAUUGUCUUCACUUUCUUCAACAAUCAUUUCCACACGUAGCUGUUCUUUCUUUCUCAAACUCACUCAAAAACCCUUUAAACCCUUAAAUUCUCUCUCUCUCUCUCUGCCGCCGCUCCAUCUCUGCACGGCUAUCAGGUAUCUUAUGUUACCCUUUGUUUUUUUAUUUCUAUCGAUGUUUGGAUUAGGAUUAAUUUAUGUAUCUUCAUUUGGUAUUUGAAGAUACUAUAGAAAUCUAGUGAGUUUAGAUUCUUGUUAGUGAAUCAUAAUUGACGAGGAAGCAGCAGGUUAGAGUGGGAAGUCUAAAUCCACCAUGAGGAAAGCUUCACUCUCAUUUCUUCCACACUUAGCUCGACACAGAGUCAAAUCUCUUCCUGGUAUUUUCUCAAGAGAUUACAUCUCUGAUGCUUCCUGUACAUCUUCUUCUUCGCUGGUCUCGCCGAAUCAUUUCAAGCCCCACUCUAAAAGUCACGGCUUAUUCUAUAAAAACAAGCAAUUUCAAGUAAACCCAUCUCGAAAUAUAGACACCAUGGUUGAGAAGUCACCUCAAAUGUCCUCGAGACAGAGAAAAGCCAAGGAAAAAACUGACCUUGAAGAAGCUUUUGAGUCUGCAAAGACCCCUGAGGAAAUGCUAAAUGCAUUUAAGAACAUGGAGUCUGCUUAUAGUGAAACGGAGCUUGGGUUGGCUUCUUUGAAAAUUGGCCUCAAACUUGACCAAGAAGGUGAUGACCUUGAAAAGGCUCUGUCUUUUGCUGAAAGAGCCCUUAAUGCUUUGGAAAAGGAUGGCCGACCUUCUUUGCCGGUUGCCAUGGCUUUACAAUUAUUGGGUUCAAUUAAUUAUAGCUUAAAAAAGUUUAAUGAUAGUUUAGGGUACCUUAGUAGGGCCAAUAGGAUACUAGGUAAGUUAAAGGAAGAGGGUUUUGGUUUUGAGGAUGUUGGACCAGUCCUUCAUGCAGUCCUGCUAGCAAUGGCAAAUGUAAAGACAGCUAUGGGAAGGAGAGAGGAGGCUCUUGCAGAUCUUAUGAAUUGUUUGAAAAUUAAGGAGAUGACUUUGGGGGAAGAAAGUCUGGAACUGGGUAAAUCAAACCGGGACUUGGCAGAAGCACAUGUUUCAGUGUUGAAUUUUAAGGAAGCAUUGCCAUUUUGUAUGAAGGCACUGGAGAUACACAGGAAAGAAUUGGGACAGAAUUCUGUUGAGGUUGCUCAUGACAGGAGGCUUCUUGGGGUGAUUUACACUGGCUUAGAGGAGCAUGAGAAGGCCUUGGAGCAAAAUAAACUCUCACAAAAAGUAUUGAAGAAUUGGGGUCUUAGUUCUGAUUUGCUUCGUGCUGAGAUUGAUGCUGCUAAUAUGCAGAUUGCACUAGGGAAGUAUGAGGAGGCUAUUAAUAAUUUGAGGGAUGUUGUUCAGCAAACAGACAAAGAAAGUGAGAUUAGGGCAUUGGUAUUUAUUUCAAUGGGAAAAGCACUUGGUAGCCAAGAGAAAUCUGCUGAUGCGAAGAGAUGUUUGGAGAUUGCUUGUGGAAUCCUUGAAAAGAAAGAGCAUGUUUCCCCCUUGGAUGUUGCUGAUGCAUACUCAGAAAUAUCAAUGCAAUAUGAGAGUAUGAACGAGUUUGAAACUGCCGUUUCUCUGUUGAAGAGAACUUUGGCUAUUCUUGAGAAGCUCCCACAAGAGCAACAUACUGAAGGUAGUGUCUCUGCUAGAUUAGGAUGGCUACUUCUGUUGACUGGCAAGGUCCAACAAGCUAUUCCCUACUUGGAGAGUGCAGCUGAGAGGUUGAAAGAGAGCUUUGGCUCCAAACACUUUGGAAUUGGAUAUAUUUACAACAACCUGGGGGCAGCUUAUUUGGAACUAGACAGACCUCAGUCAGCUGCACAGAUGUUCGCAGUUGCAAAGGACAUAAUGGAUGUCUCGCUUGGUCCUCAUCACGCAGAUUCGAUUGGGGCGUGUCAUAACCUCGCAAAGGCAUAUGAUGCCAUGAAAAGUUAUGCAUUGGCAAUAGGAUUCCAGAAACAGGUGGUUGAUGCUUGGGAAAGCCACGGACCAAGUGCCCGAGACGAACUUAAAGAAGCCCAUCGGAUGCUUGAACAGUUGAAUAAAAAGGCCCUUGGUGAAGAUUCAAACGAGCUUCCUAGAAAGGCUUUGCCUCUGCCCCAGACUAGUGCAUCUACCAGAAGGUGACAAAUUAGAAAUAUGACCAAGUACUGUUUAGUUGAUUUUGUUCACCAGUUGUGCUAGUUUUGUCAUCUUUUUCGUGGUAACAAAUUUUGAAUAAUGUUUAAUACAAUUGAAAGAAAACAUAGAGCCAAUUUUUCUAAAAUACACAGCUUCACGUACAUGAAAGUAAUAGCAAGUAAUAAUUCGAAUUUUGAAGAUACCCUGAGUGGGACAUCGACGUUGAACUUUAUUGUAGGCUUAACUUUUCACGUUUGAGUUAUUCUUGCUGGCUUAUGUCA